ACCACACCUCACAGCGGAAUUUAGCUUUUCCACCUAAUGUUUCCCACGCUGUAAAGAGUCCAAACAGCAACAUCCCAAACUCAAAACUCGUUAUACUUGCCUACCAUGCCUCCCAUGGCAUUGACCGGAAUCGUCACUAAAGCCGGCUGCAUGCGCAAGACAGCCACUGUCACUGUUUCACGCCAUGUCAUCCACAAAUUAACCGGAAAACGUAUUGAACGAAGCAAAAAGAUCCUAACACACGACGAACAAGAAGUCCUUCGAUUGAAUGAUGCCGUCUUAAUACGAAACUGCCCUCCCAUAUCCGCCCGGAAACGAUUUAAGCUGGAAAAGAUCUUGAAGAGUCCAGAGACAGAGCGGGAUUUGGCACAUAUGCAGGCUGCACAACAGUCGUAGGGGUGUGAUGGCAUCGAGUUAAUGUUUUUCCAUGGUCCAAUCUCUGGUUGACCAAACUUCCAGAGUCUGCAUGGCAUCCUAGACUGCGCUUCGAGUCCUUUCCUUGUUCAUAUUCAUCAUGUAGAGGCGCUCAUUCAAUAAGCAUUCAUUUCAAAUAUAUGUGCUACUAACACGCUUUCGACUGUCCCAGCGUUACUAUGCCCAAAUGAUGCAAAACUUCACGUCUAGAGAGCCCUUGUUUCGAGGGUUCGGUGACAUCGAGGCUGGGUUACUUGAGCUGGUACACUUCACGAAUGGGAAGGAACCGCUUGAGGGCCCGGUCAAGAACGGAAAGCUGAUGGGCUAUCAAUAUCACGUAUCUGAUAGGGUGUAUAUUUAUGCAAUAGCAACAUGUUUGUACUCGUGACUCCCCAA